AUGUGGCUCUACCGCGGCGCCCAAUCCGCUGUCUUCUACUACGCGACCUGCACCCCCUGUGCCGCCUCCAUCGAUCGUAGAAAACGGAAAAGGGAUGCUGCAAAUACACACCGUGAACCACCUCCUACCACCACCUCUUCCAAUAACCAGAACGACAUCGUGACGGACCAGCCGCCAGUCAUCUUCCACCAACCAGUCCCAUUUACCACCAACUCCUACUGGGAAGAGGAGAUUACGCUGGGACCUGGACCCCCUGUUAGGAGAGCCGGGAGGAGAAAUAACACUAACAGUAGCGGUCAUCAGAAUUGCAAGAAUUGCAAGAGAUGCAAGAAGCAAAAGAAGAAUUUGAAUUCCCCGCAUGCUGUGGGGUGUCAGGGGGGUAAUCCUGCAACGGCCGGAGCAGGAGCAGCACAGUCUCAGUCACAGGAAUCUCCACUGCAGAAUGGUAUGGGCGCGCUAGCUGGCGCCGUGUCGGGCGUUCUGGAGGACCUGGUGCCGUCGAGGAAGGAACUUGGCGAUCGCUGGAAUAGAAUACGGUACCAGCGGGAAGAUGAGGUGCUUUGGGGCGGUGCAGGCAGUGGCGCUGGUGGGGACUUAGGGUCGGAGAUCAAGGGCUCCUCUGUUGGUUUAUCUGGGCGCGGGAGAGCAGGUACAUCCGACUCCGCGAAGUACUACGCAGCGAGGAAUCCGGCGGUUAAUGAUCUUCAUCCUCCUGUUGUUUGUGGGCCAGUUAGUCGUGCGGAGACGCGGUGGAUGCUGCAACCACCGCCCAGCGCGAAGGUGAUGGAGGGGAAAGUCCGGUCUACGGCUUCUGUUUCUGUGCGGAAUGGCAGACAGAGGGGUUUUGAGAGGGAUGUGGUUUCGGGAAGGGAUGGCAAUGGCAAUGGGAAUGGGGAAGAGGGGGCAAGGGGGAGGACAUCCGCUUCCCCUCAAAUGAGCCAAAUGAAGCAGCAGAGACAGCGGCAGAGGCAGAGGCAAGCUGACGGACAGCUUGAUGGAUGUGAUUCUGCACAUCUACAAGCGCGGACGGAACAACUCUCUCUGGAAACCCCUUUACGAAAGAUAAAAACUCAGGAUGAGCCACCUGCAAUUCGUGCGAUGUCUGAUAACUUCCUCUCCCUCUCGCUAUCGUCGAAAGAUGAUGCUCUGCUGCGUUCUCCGCGUCCCGUGUUAGCUCCGCUAACUGGCAGCCCUAGGCAACCUUCAGUUCAUCCCGAUCACAACGGCAAUUAUCACCCAUACCAUCAAAAUGAUAAUGCUAACACCUUGACCUUAAAACCUCAGUCCACCCCUCCGGUGUCGUGGCAGUGGCCACAGCAACGUGCUGAAGACACUCAACUGCAAUCGCAAUCACAAUCACGACCUACAUCAAAAGCUACUACUGAUAGCGGAAAAUCAUUUACUAUCCAACAGAAGCAGCAGCAGCAGCAGCAGCAGCAGCGAAACCGCCAAUGCCAACACCAACGUCAACCGGAUAAGCUACAUACAGCCUGGCCAUCAUCCACUCUCGAUAUUGCUAUGAAGCACCACGAUCUCGUGCGAAGUGUAAGGCUGGAACUUAGCAGCCCAGAGACGGCGUACUUUUACGAUAUUGGUGAUGACGACGGCGACGACGACGACGGUGAUUAUGGCGGUCAUUAUGAUGGUCGCAUCAGCGAUGGUGAGAAGCAGCCGGGAAAAAGGUAUGAUGUCCGACCUUGGCGGUGGAGUAUGGACAUUUGAAUUAUUUCUUAUUCCUGCCUUUGGAACUGGAGUUGGCUGUGCUAUAUAGUUUCUCUCUCUUGCUUGGGUUUCUAUUUUCCUCUUUCCUUUUUGCCUGUUCCAUUCUUUUCCUUCCUUUUUCCUUUUUUUUUUUUUUUUUUUGAAGCGCCUUUCUAUAUCAUUUGAUCAAAGGAUAUGUGUUAAACCUUUUCCUUGUUAUCUUAACUCCUCCCUCAUCCUUGGGCCCAUACUGCAAUGGGGCUUUACGCCAACCACCUCAUUAUCAUCUCGAGUCGUCUACCCCCUAUCUCCCUACAGACUCAAAACCUCCGCGGGAGCCUCUUUAUUCAUUACUGUUCCCCCCACUGUCUCUUGAGGAAGGAUUUGAAAUUCGUUCCGCACUUCUUUAUUACUCUUCCCCCUGUCACUACCGCUGAGCUUCCUGAUUCGGCUGAUAUGUGAGUUUACAUACACAUACAUACCUAUGCCUCUACACCUCUCCAUACCCCUACAUAAGACACGCUCCAAUCUAUAUAGGAUUGAGAAAAUAAUACAUAGAGAGAAAAGUCAUUUUUCUCUUUCAUCUUUAGAGCCUAAA